AUGUCACCCGCGCCAAUCGAAGAGCCUGACUCCGACGAAGAUGUUGAGUUUGAGGAUGUCCCAAUCCGCCUCCCGACUAGGAGCAGAAAUAGAGAAGACAUAGACAUCCCUAUAGUCUUCCCCUCAGCAUCUCGACAAGAAUGGAUUCCAACACUGUCCCUCCCUCAACAGCGAGCCCAGCCCAUCCCCUCCGGCUCAGAGGAAGAAACCCAGCUCCGAGGCCAAAUCAGCACCGGCAUAGAGCGGGUCACCUACCGCAAGAUGAAGUCCGAUAUGGGCAUGGACGCACCCGAGACCCCCGCCUCCGAGCGCAGGUACAAUAGCUUCAAAGACCUUGCAGCGGAUGUCGAGGGUCUUGUUGAUACGCUUUGGGCGUCGGCAACACCGGCAAUCCAAACCGAGGCCCUCAUAACCCUCGCAGGCCUAACACAGACCUCCCUACCAGCCUUCCCAUUCGAGGCCCAGCCAACCUUGUCGAUCUUCUACAAGCUAGACUCGGUCUUCGCAGCUCUGUGUACAGCCACGCACCCACUCAGCGGGGCGGUACUCCCCGGCGCACAGCCCGGUCAGUCUCUCGCCACCGAGACGCAGAAAGUGCGAAUCCGGAGUUUGGCGGAGCGCACGAGACUCGAAGUUUUUGCCUGUCUGGGGAGGUCUCACCAAAAGGUUAAUCCUGCCAAUGGCGAUGAGUGGGAUGAUGACGAGGACAGCGGCGAUGAAGUAGACGAGCCGUGGAUGUUGGAAGCUACACGAGUUUACGAGAAGAGUCUUAUGUUGCUUGCGGAGCAGGAUGAGCCGGAGGAAAUGGAAGAGUUCAGCUGUUCAUGA